AUGAAAUUGAUCAUUGCUUUCGCCGCUCUCGUUGCUGUAGCUUUGGCUGCUCCACAAUACAAAGAUGAGAAAGAUGCUUACGUAGUCAGGCAAGAAUUGGAAAACAUCGGCGUUGAUGGAUACAAACAAACUUAUGAGACCAGCAAUGGAAUCUCCGCUUCCGAAGAAGGACAAGUCAUCAAUGCUGGUACUGAUAAUGAAGCUGUCGCUGUCCACGGUCAAUUCUCUUAUGUUGGUGCUGAUGGUCAAACUUACACUGUUAAAUAUGUAGCUGAUGAGAACGGUUUCCAACCACAAGGAGCUCAUCUUCCAAAAGCCGACCAUUAA